GAGACAGCUAAGCCCUCGAAGGGGUCCUGGGAUAUGGUUUGGCUGAAUGAAAGAAGUGGAUUUGUUUUGUAACAUAAAAAAUACGCUUCUCCAGCGACGUUUUUAAUUUAAGGUUAGGCCUCCUCUGGGCCUGUUGUUUGGCGGUGCAGACAUGGAGUUGGCUUAUGUGUGUGAGUGGGAAAAACGUCCCAAAAGCACCCACUGUCCCUCCAUCCCUCUCGUGUGCGCCUGGUCCUGCAGGAACCUCGUGGCUUUCACCACAGACUUAAAGAAUGAUGAUGAAGAAAAGGAUGUCAGCCACAUGAUCCACAUCAUUGACACUGAGCAUCCCUGGGAUGUUUACUCUAUCAACUCAGGACACACAGAGGUCAUUUCAUGUUUGGAGUGGGACCAAUCAGGUUCGAGGCUGUUAUCUGCGGAUGGUGACGGCAAGAUUAAAUGCUGGUCUAUGUCUGACCAUCUCGUCAACAGCUGGGAGAGCUACCUGUCCAACUCCGUGGAUGGAGACCCCAUUGUAGCCCUUAGCUGGCUGCACAAUGGUGUCAAGCUGGCUCUGCAUGUGGAAAUGUCUAGCUCAAACAACUUUAGUGAGAAGUUUUCCAGAGUGAAGUUUUCCCCUUCUCUGACCCUAUUUGGUGGAAAACCCAUGGAGGGAUGGCUAGCUGUGACUGUCAGUGGUUUGGUCACAGUGUCACUGCUGAAGCCAGGGGGCAACCUGCUCACAGCCAGCGAGAGCCUCUGUCGGCUGAGAGGACGUGUGGCCCUGGCUGACAUUGCUUUUACUGGAGGUGGAAAUAUUGUGGUAGCAGCUACAGAUGGCAGCAGCUCUUCUCCUGUCCAGUUCUAUAAGGUGGUGGUUAGCGUUGUCAGUGAAAAAUGCCGCAUUGACACAGAACUCCUGCCUUCUCUAUUCCUUCGCUGCACAACUGAUCCGCUUAGAAGAGAUAAAUACCCAGCCGUCACCCACCUUAAGUUUUUGACCAGAGAAAACUCCGAACAGGUCCUGCUGUGUGCAUCCAAUCAGACUGGCAGCAUUGUAGAGUGUUGGUCUCUGAGGAAAGAGGGCCUUCCAGUCAACAACAUCUUCCAGCAUCGAUCUCCCGUUGUGGUUGAAAAACAGCCAACCAUCCUGAAAUGGCGCAUUCUGACAACAACUAAUGACCUGGAGAGAGUAUCGGCUAUUGCUCUGCCCAAACUACCUAUUUCCACCUCCAACACAGAUACAAAGUUUUGCCCAGGACUUGGUUUGGCUCUGGCCUUCCACGAUGGCAGUAUUCAGAUCCUCCACCGCACGUCUUUUCACACCAUGUGUGUUUUCUAUGGCUCCUCCUCGACCUCUGGCCCCGGACAGCGGCCUGGAGACGAGUCUGCGAUCAAACGCCAACGAACCGGUGGUCCUACCAUCCACUUUAAAGCCAUUCAGUUCUCCUGGACCUCGCUCGCAUUGGCAGGAAUUGACAACCAUGGCAAACUACACAUGCUGCGAGUUUCUCCUUCUAUGGGACAGGUCCUUGACAUGAACACAACAAUACGCCAUCUCCUGUUCCUCUUGGAGUACUGCAUGGUCACGGGGUACGACUGGUGGGAUGUUCUGCUCCAUGUUCAGCCCACGAUGGUUCACAAUUUGGUGGAGAAACUGCACGAGGAAUAUAUGAGGCAGAACCAGGCCUUACAACAGGUUCUGGCUACUCGUAUUGUAGCAGUGAAAGCGUCUCUGUGUAAACUGUCUACUGCCACAGCUGCUCGGGCCUGCGACUUCCACGCCAAACUAUUGCUCAUAGCGAUAAGUGCCACGCUAAAGUCCCUCCUCAGACCACAUGUCCUUAACUCACCAGACAAGAGCCCUGGAGACCGGCUCACUGAGAUCUGUGCCAAGAAUACAGACACAGAUAUUGACAAGGUGAUGAUUAACCUAAACACACAAGAUUUCGUUUUGGACGGCCCACAUUUACAGUCACUGCAGCAGCUCAUUCAGUGGGUGGGAGAUUUUGUUCUCUACUUGUUAGCCAACCUUCCAAACCAGGGGUCAAUGGUGCGUCCCGGCUUUGGCUUCAUGCGUGACGGAGCGUCUCUGGGGAUGCUCCGAGAGAUGUUGGUCAUGAUCCGGAUCUGGGGUUUACUGAAGACGAGCUGCCUGCCCACCUUCACAGCCACAUCGGACAACCAGGACAGUCUACAGCUUCUGUUCAGGCUGCUCACCAAACUGUGGCUUUGCUGUCGAGAAGAUGUGCCCCCACAGGACCCCGAUGAGAGCCUGAUUGAUGAGUGCUGCCUCCUGCCCAGUCAGCUGCUUGUGCCCUCAAUGGACUGGUUACCAGUGAAUGAUGGAGUGAUUGUGAAGCUGCAGGGAAAACAUCCACUCCGACUGCAGUUUGGGAAAUCCUCGUCUCUGCCAGGACAGGGCGCCACCACCCCACUGGAGGUUUUUACCAGGAGCCCCAGUUCACAGAAGAUGGAUAACCUUCGCUGCAUUCAUAUGGGAGUAUGCCCCACAGAGGAGAGCAAAGCCUGUACCAGAUGCGGGUGUGUGACAAUGCUUCGAUCUCCCAACAAAACAAACGCGAUGAAGCAGUGGGAACAGCGCUGGAUUAAGAACUGUCUUUGUGGAGGUCUUUGGAGGAAGAUUCCUCAGGCUUUCAACUGAACAAGAGACUGAGAGUCUUGAAUAAAGUGGACAAAUAUCACUUAUCAUCAAUACAACUAUUCCUUUGUUUGGUAAUGUUGCUUUUGUACUGUAAAUUCCUGUUUUUGUAUUAAACAUACACAACAAAGU